GCCCAUUAACAAAUUACUUGGUAAAUGUGUCAUGGUGUACAAUAUAGCUAGUCAGCUCGCUAGAGGGUGAUUGACUGGUGCAAUUUCAAGUCAAGAAAUCCUUUGUUCAACUUCGAUCGCACGUGAUUUGUAUGAAUCGGCUCUACUGACAUUGUUAUAGCUUCGACUUUUUUGUUAUUCGUCUGAAUUUUAAGUUAUAGGCAUGAAUGUGAAAACAAAUCACAGCCGGGGAUCUUCGAUUCAUUUUACGUUAGCUUUUUAUUUUGGUGGUUUUCGUUAAGUAUUUUAAUUACAACAUAAUACUGAAAUCUGUGGAAUACAUGUGCUUCUAAUAUAAUAGGUUGUGGGUAUCAUUGACACAACGGCUCGGUUGAAGCAUAAUGCUUAACAGCCGUUGUUGCUUUUACUUUAAAGCUUCUCAAGAGCUCCAGAAUGUCUAAGCGACGCUGUUCGGAGAGGGGACCCGGAGAGACCUCGGGCAGGGCCAGCAAGCUCCUGUGUCCUGGGAUAGCUGGAAGCAACGCCAAGAGGGCAGGUCCCUUCGUCCUGGGGCCUCGUUUGGGGAACUCUCCUGUGCAGAGCAUAGUACAGUGUCUGGCCAGGAAGGAUGGGACAGAUGACUUCUACCAGCUAAAGAUCCUGACGCUAGAGGAGCGAGCGGACACUGCCGGGGAGACCCAGGAGGAGAGGCAGGGCAAAAUGCUGCUGCACACGGAGUUCUCCCUUCUCUCACUGCUCCACAACCAGGACGGAGUGGUUCACCACCACGGUCUCUUUCAGGACCGGGCGUACGAGAUCGUGGACGACCCGGAGGUAAACAACGCCAAAGUUCGCCGAAUGAAGAAGCGGAUCUGCCUGGUGCUGGACUGUCUGUGCGCGCACGAUUUCAGCGACAAGACGGCGGACCUCAUCAACCUGCAGCACUAUGUCAUCAAGGAGAAGAGGCUGAGCGAACGCGAGGCCAUUGUCAUCUUCUACGAUGUGGUGCGUGUGGUCGAGGCCCUGCACAAGAAAAACAUAGUUCACAGAGACCUGAAGCUUGGCAAUAUGGUGCUGAACAAACGAACUCAUCGGAUUACCAUCACCAACUUCUGCCUGGGCAAGCACCUGGUGAGUGAGGAGGAUCUGCUGAAGGACCAGAGAGGAAGCCCGGCCUACAUCAGCCCAGACGUACUGAGCGGUCGACCGUACCGCGGUAAGCCCAGUGACAUGUGGGCCCUUGGCGUGGUCCUGUUCACCAUGCUGUACGGCCAGUUCCCCUUCUACGACAGCAUACCUCAGGAGCUGUUCCGCAAGAUCAAGGCUGCAGAAUACUCCAUCCCAGAGGACGGGCGUGUGUCGGAGAACACAGUGUGUCUUAUACGGAAGCUGCUAGUGCUGGAUUCCCAGCAAAGGCUGACAGCCACUGAGGUGCUGGAGUCUCUCAGCGGCAUCAUAGCCUCAUGGCAGUCGGUAUCCUCGCUCAGCGGUCCUCUUCAGGUUGUACCGGACAUCGACGACCAGGUCAACCACCCAGAGCAUCUCCAGGAGGUGAAAGUGACAGAGGAGUCGUCGCAGUACGAGUUUGAAAACUACAUGCGCCAGCAGCUGUUGCUAGCUGAGGAGAAGAACACUAUCUACGAGGCCAAGGCCAGCUUCCUGGCAAAGCGCCAGUUUGGUGCCAUCCCACCGGUGCGACGCCUAGGCCACGAUGCCACUCCUGUCAGCCCCUUGGAUGCGGCCAUCCUGGCCCAGCGAUUCCUCCGGAAGUAGGGACUGUCCCCUUGCCCCGCCCUCUGCAGGACACGUGGGAGCGAGAGACACAGUGGGUCUUUUAAGGGGACCCUGAAACUGAGAGGAACUGUGGGAGCCUGGCCCCAGCUGCCGCUCCCUUUGUAGAAGUGUGGUGAGUUCAGUAGGUGGGGUGGGAAUAGACAUCAGGGUGUGGGGACGGACGGACGGACGGCACAGAUAGGUCACCUGACAACCUCCUGAAGUUUUCACCGUUCUAGUCUAGGUGUGUCAGCUGGAGAAUCUCCCAGUCUGAACCAAUGGCUCUCGCUGAACUCUCCCAUCUCAGUCCCUUACGCUGCUCCGCCAGCUGCACUCAGCCAUACCGCUAAGGGCACAGUGUGACUCGUACCAACCCUUACCCCCACCCUACCAAAGGCUUCCCUCCGCUUUGACCUGGAAAUUGUCCUCCGACCAUUUAUCCUGGAGAACCCUGAGCAACACAGGUCCAGAAUUAUGUAGCAACCUCCCUCAGUUCUCCAAAACGGAGAUCACCCGAACACGGACGUCAUUCACGCGCCCGCCUGCAUGUUGUUUCAUUUUCUCAUAACCAAAAUUAUCUGGACUAGUCCUGUCUGCAAACUACGACUUCAAAUCUACCUCUCUCAAUUUUUUUCUCUCUGCAUAUUCAUAAUGCGCCAUGUUCACCGUUCUUGGAAAAACAAGGAGUUGUGGUAGUGAUGUCACCAUAAGACGAGAGCAUUACUAUAAAGGGUUUGAAUGUGGAAUAUGAAUAAGCUUCCCCCCCAUGAGUAAUAAGUAGCAUUUUAGCAUUCUAUCUGUUCUACAUUGAAGAUGCUAUCAAAGGGUGGUCGAAUCACCAAACUGUCUAAGUCUAGCAGAUAGCAUUGUAUUCUUUCGUUCACUUUCCCUCUGUGGGAAACAGUUUAGCAUUUAGGCAGCUAAUGUCAAGUACCUGGAGGUUUUGAUUCCAACAGCUUGAAGGAGGACAUUUAUUAGACAUUUAUUCUGUCAGACCUUGAUCUAGUUAUUGCUGUCCUGAAUGGCGUCUUCAAUUUAUUGAUCACGACAUCAACACUAAUUUCUUAAUUGCCAAAAAUAAUGGAGUGUCUCAACUGAUUGUUUGCCAAGGAAAUCAUACCUCCCCCUUGUUCACCACUGAACAACUUCCAGGUAUUUCACUUCCUGUUUCUCCUGUGACAUCAUCGUGGGACGUACAAUGGGAAGUGUUGGACUUGAAUGUGAGUGAAUGGUAGGGAUUGUCUGUGUGAUUGUGGCCGUGGUUGUAUCAGAGCCAGCACCUUUUUGAAGUGGCGGGUCCAGACUAAAACCACAUUAAGCCUAGUGAUUUGGUGCAGACCCUUAAGCUAGCUCUCCUCCCCAUCUCCCUUGAUCACCCCUGCCUCAGUGAAAUAUCCAGCGCACUGUGAACAAGAAAAACAGACAGGCUUUUCUAUAAUGGGGGUUCAACUGAAUGUCUUUGUACAGCGGCAUCCCUCGUGUGUAGCGGUGUCCAAAGUUGAAACUCAAAAAUAGCAUUUUCUGAACCCCAUUUAGCUGUCCCUGUAGUUUAUAUUGUACAAGCUAAUCUAUAUGAAAGACGUACAAUGAUGUUGAUUAGUGAUAAUUAAAUGGAUAGGUCUGUAAUCAUUCAUAAAAAGUAAACAAUAUAGUCAUCGAUUAGUUGGUGCUGGGGCAUUCAGUGUUGAUGCAUUCACAUCUUUUACCGAAGGGAUUCCUUCUACCUAAAUGUUGCUAAGCUAAUAACUGAUGAAUAAUGUUAAGCAUAAUGUUCACAUAAGCUUGGCCAUCUCUGUAGCUGCAUUGCUUGGAGUCUGAUACCAUCACCCUAUUUAUAUCCAAACUGAUCACGAGUAGUAACUUGAGACAGUUUCCAACCUGUUCAUUGUAUAUUAGAUUUUUCUCGUCUUUAAUUGUGUGUACAUUGAUUUGUUAUUUAUUCACUCUCUAGACAUUUUCAGGCCUCAGAUCUCUCAUCUUAGCUUUAAGAAGGGUUUUGGUUGCACAUUUUCUCCCAGACAUUGAAUCUUUAUCCACCAUUCUAGUUUGUUCCCCCUCAGCCAUCUUCCUUAAAGGAGAUCUUUAUUUUAUUUUUUGCCAUUGCCACACACUUGUGGUCAGUUAAGCUACACUAAUCUGGACUAUCUAGUGGCCUGGUUCCAGCUCUGAUAAGGGGUGGAUAUAGUGAGGUGAAGCAACAUUUUAGAUUAACAUGUUGAAUGUCUUCUGCAUUAGAGAAAAUCAGAUUAGUGCAACAACAGAAACAUUUAUUUUUGAAAGUUUUGUAACGUUGCACACUCCUGAACAGACCCCCGUGUUCAGCACAUGAUAUAUACACAUGCAUUAGAGGCAGCGCUAGCUGCCACGUUUGGUGACGAAAUGAAUUGAGAUUUUGAGAAAUGCUUUUUCCCACCUCAAUGUGAAUUUCUCACUAUAAAGGCAGUAUUGUAGUUAAUGGUGUCAGUGGAUAAAUAGUAUUCGAUUACCACCGCAGCCCUUGACAAAGUUGAGGGGAAAUGUGUGAUUUAAUUUUAAGGGUGAAAAUGAUGCCUCUAUUGGAUAUAAAUGUAUAGGUUCAUUAUAGAAUGACCUUGAUGUCAGUUUAUUAUCAGCCCCUCCUUUUCACGAUAGCGUUAUGUUUGCCGUAGAUAUCUAAAUGUUCCCCACUGCUCAGGCAGUGUAGUGGGCUGUUGAUUGAAAGCCCUGCAUAAGAAGCAUGGCAGUUGUGUAUGACAUGGAGCUCUUUGUAAAUGAUGUGAUUCUUAAACUUGCAAGGGGGUACCCCAAUAGUGGUUCCUGAAAUUAACCAACCAGAAGAAUUUAGAAUUUAAUUUUGCAAAUGGAAAAACCUGAUGUUUUUCAUAAUACUAUUUUUGUUUAAAGAACAUUAAACAUUGUUUUCCAUUUUCAUUGAUUUCAUUCACCAUUUAAAAAGGAAUAUGUUUUGUCUCCGUGUAACCAUGUAUUUGAUUUGCUGAAUAUUUGAUUUGGAAAUUUGAUGAUGUAUGAUGUUUUGGUAAAAAAAACGGAUUUGCGUUUGGUUGGAUAUGGGCGUCUAAUACAAAACUGGCUAAUUGUACAGAGAUAAAAUAGAUACGUUUGUAUAAAAGAUAUUUUUGUACUUCAUCAGAUCUCUAUGUGCAUGUCAGCAAUAAACUUUGAUAUGGAAACA